CUGCUGCAGGACUGCAGACAUUCACAGGAAGCUGGACCAGCAAUGGCUCUGCUGAAGGUUCUGUUGCUGCUGGGGCUGGGAGUUUCAGUGAACUCAGAUGUUUCUCUGCAGAAGAGAAUCAUUGGAGGUUAUGACUGUCAUGACACGGAGCGCCUUUAUCAUGUUCGGCUGGAGAGCAGCAAUGGUACUGAUAUGAGCCGCUGUGGAGGAUCUCUGAUCCACCCUCAGUGGAUUCUGACUGCAGCUCACUGCUGGCAGUCGGAGCCAGGAUGGACUAACGUAGCAGUGUUAAAAGUUCAUCCACGGACUGCUUGGCCGCAGAGACAGAUGAUCCAACAAGCUCCUGUGAUUUUUAGUCGUAAUUUCCAGCGGCAUGACCUCAUGUUGCUGAAGCUUGAGACACCAGUAACAGAUGUCCCACUUCCUCAGCUACCAGACCUCAGGUAUCGUCUUAAGAGAGGCGAUGUUGUUCAGCUGGCAGGAGAGGGAGCAACGACAACUGGCCCCAAUAAUGAGCAAUUGCCCCCCAAUUCUCCUAUUCCAGCACAUCUUCAGUGUGUCAACAUGGAAAUUGUUGGUGCUUCCCGCUCUGUGCCGUUAAUUGGGUCUAUAAUCCGUGUUAAAGCACCGAACAAGGAUGUAUGCUAUGAUGAUGAUGGUGGAGCAGCGAUACUCGGCAACAAGAUUUAUGGUGUAAUUUCUUUUGCUGAACCACACUACGCAUGUCAGAGACCAGCCGCAUUCUUGGAUGUGACUCAAUACAAGAGGUGGAUUAAAAGAAUUACUGGGCUUAAAUAAAACAUAAACUAUCAUGAAAUAAAAUUCUCAUCAAAUUUCCUCUCAAAUUUUAUAAUUGUAUCUUCAUCAGUUUGAUCCACAUCUUUGUAGAAUUAGAAUAAAUUCAUAGUUUUGUUUUUCUCACCUGAUCUUGACCUCCCUAAUGGAGCUUUCUCUGCAUCAGAAAUGAAAAAUAAACCAAUAAAUGCAUGAAAAAGAAAUAUUUCCUGGCUGAUUGUCUUUACAUUCAUGGUUCAGUUUGUUCAGUUGAUAUUUUCCCUGAACUGAGUCUAAAAACGUGACGAGUUUUAAAUCACAUGAAGAGGAACACCAGAAGUAAUUUAUUUAUUCAGUUUUUGUCUUUAUUUUACAUCAGAAAUGAACAUGCAGCAUCUAAACUCUGCAGCUCUGGAGUUACUCUUCCAGAUUUAUUUCUAGAGAACUUUAAACUCCAACAGGACCAAAGAGCUGUGCACAAA